ACGAUGUUUAGGUCGGUAUUUGGGCCAUAAUCCUAAGGGAGGAUCUAGGCGGUCAACCGGGCUUUGUUUAUUCUUCAAGCAGUGUCCCGAUCGUCCUUAUUUUAUCACUACAUUGACAAUGCGGGGUGGAAUCAAGCCCCACUCAGAAGCUUCUGAUCCCCAGACCUCGGUACUGCUCCUGACCCUCUCCGUCUUGUCCUCUCAGUCUGGACCCCACCCAAAAGACAGGCGAAUCAUAACUUAUACUCCUCUCAACAAUGCAGUUCACGGGUCACGUCAAGACAUGUUGUCCUCGGUGGUCAGGGCCCAGAUCCCUGCGGCCUAUCCGACACGACACGGAAACAGCACGACGCGCUCAUGUUCCAUGUUCAGGCUGAGCGGGUGAAUGCGUGUUGAUGAAUUGAUGCGUGGACAAGUAGGAAAAAUCAAACAGAUAAAUGUACAGUGUACAGUCAAUAGUGUAGGUAGAUGUCUACAAGAUAGACUGAACCCGGGUCCCGGAGCACGAGUCGCGUCUGUUCCAAAAUGCGGAUUCUACGCGUUCAUAGGGGAUAUGCGAGCACUUACCUCGUACAUUGCAGUUUAUAGGAAGAUUCUACACAAAGGCGCCACAUCACAUCACACCGUCGCAGCUCGCACAUCUGCCUAUUUGAUUCUGGGCCUUGAUUUCAUGC